UCCUGUUUGUGCUGCAAAUAUGAAACAAUCUGAUAUGUUACAGGAGGGAUGGAAGAUCUCUCAAAAGGUGGGUGGGGAAGGGGUUAGAUUUUUUAGAGAUGGAUGGCACGCGAAGGAGGAAACCCCUUCCACUGGUUGCACACGGCACACAGCACUACCAGACUGCAGCACGACACACGCACACAUAGACAGUUUUGGUGUAUGAUGCAGGAGGAGGAGGAGGGGCAAGCGAUGGAGUGCGUGCGAGGGGAGGGGGCGCGGUAAGCCGAGCGAGCAGCAUCCUUUCAUUCGGCUCGCAGGAAGUCAGGAGGCGGCAGCCAUAGUUUGUAGGCGGAAGAGCAGCAGCAUCUCACCCACAGGGGGCGACGCCACACCUCUCUCACACACACGCAUCACGCACAUGCAUUCGUGAGAAGCCCAGCAGGAGGAAUAACAGUGUGGAGAGCAGUCUCCUGAAGACUGGAGCAGGACUGCAUCCAUCGCCUCCAUACAUUGCUCCAUAUGCUCUCUGUCAUUUUUCACUUGACCUCGGAUUGUCACCUCACCACUUCGCCGUGACCCUCUCUGCCCACCCUCGCGUGUUCUCGUUCGACCACUAACCCAAAGAAGGAGCAGGAAUUCCCAUCGCCGCCAUGAACUUCCUCCGACGCCGCCUCUCCGACAGCAGCUUCAUGUCCAACCUGCCCAAUGGCUACAUGUCGGACCUCCAGAGGCCAGAACCGCCUGCGCCCCCUCCCCCGACCGCCUCGUCCCCGUCCCAGCAAGGUCCCGCCGCUUCCCAGGCGCCUGCCCAGUCUCCCACUCAAGCCCCGGCGCCGUCCCAGGCAACCGUCAGCUCCCCGGCUCCUCAGGAGCGCCGCCCGUCCCAACAGGCUCAACAGCAGCCUCAACAGGCCCAGUCAUCUGCCUCAGCCACUUCCUCCUCUGGCGGUUCCUCCGGGUUCUUCAGCUCCUUCAGCUCCAUCACUAAUGCGGUCAAGCAGACGGCAGCAUCUGCUGCUGGCUUUGUGGAGCAGUCAGCGCCCUCUCCCUCCCUUUCCAAGAAGUUUAAGAUCCUCCUGGUCAUUGAUGAGCUGCAACAUGAGUGGGCCAAAGUGUUUCGGGGAAAGAAGGUUUUCGGAGAGUAUGAUAUCAAAGUGGAGCAGGCCGAUUUCUCGGACAUCAACCUCAUCUCACAUUCGAAUGGAACUUGCACUGUGGACAUGCAAGUUGUCAGAGGCGGUGCUAAAGCGGCCAGGUCCUUUAGACCAGACUUCGUCUUGGUGCGCCAGCACGCAUUUAGCAUGGCCCAGAACGAAGACUUUCGAAACCUAAUCAUCGGUCUGCAGUAUGCCGGCAUUCCCUCCGUCAACUCGCUGGACUCCAUCUACAACCUCUGCGACAAACCUUGGGCUUUUUCCCAGCUGAUCAACAAUCAAAAGAGGCUGGGUGGUGACAAAUUCCCUCUUAUUGAUCAGACAUUCUACCCCAACUACAAGGACAUGAUCACAACGCCAAGUUUCCCUGUCGUGGUGAAGAUCGGACACGCCCACUCCGGAAUGGGAAAGGUCAAAGUGGACAACGUGAGCGACUUCCAGGAUAUCGCCAGCGUGGUGGCCAUCACUCAGACCUACUGCACCACGGAGCCGUUCAUCGAUGCCAAGUACGACAUCAGGGUGCAGAAGAUCGGCGCCGACUAUAAGACCUACAUGCGAACAUCCAUCUCUGGUAAUUGGAAGAGCAACACGGGCUCGGCCAUGUUGGAGCAAGUGGCCAUGACUGACAAGUAUAAGCUGUGGGUCGAUACCUGCUCCGAGAUCUUUGGCGGCCUGGACAUCUGCGCCGUCAAAGCCAUAUGCGGCAAGGACGGCAACGACUACAUCACUGAGGUGAUGGGCUCGUCUAUGCAGCUCGUCGGCGAUCACCAGGCAGAGGAUCGCCAGCUCAUAUCCGAGGUGGUGCUGGCUAAGAUGACCCAGACCCUUGCUGCCAAGGUGUCAGCUGCUUCCCGUUCGCCCGCCCGGUCCCCUCAAGGCCAGCAGACGACCGCUGCUGCAGCAGCGCCCCCACAGGGUGGCGGCGUUAAAGACGGAGCACCAGAUGCAAGCAGAACCACAGGCCAGCGUCCUCAACCUCAAGGUGCAUUAGUCAAAGCACAGAGUGUGGAGCCAUCAUCAGACACACUGAAGAGAUCUUCCGAGCCUCCGUCAAAGCCUGGCCAGGCCCAGAAAACUUCUCUAGGUCAAGCCCAGAAACCAGCUCAGGCCCAGAAGCCAAGCCCGGUCCAGAAAUCUGCUUCGGUCACAAAGCCUCCAGUGCAGAGGCCUCCCCCCAUGACAAGAGCUCCGUCCGUCACAAAACCCACUCCGGAUGCUGCUUCCUCCAGCGUUGCCCCGACCAAAGCUUCUCCAUCUUCCCCCACUAAGUUGGCAGGUCCAGGCUCACCUGCAGCCUUGGGUGCUGCCUCUCCUCCAGUGUCAGCUCCCACCACAGAGCAGCCCAAGCCCCAGCCCCCGGGCUCCCCGGCCCAAGCUCCGGGAAAGCCAAAGGAUCUGCCACCUAAACCCACCCCGCCGGCCAAGCCCAUCCCUCCUGUCCGCAGGAACUCCAAGCCACAGCUGCAGCCAAAGCCCCAAACUCCGCCUCCUCCCAGAGCCUCACCCAAACCUCAGUCCGCCCCCCAAAACCCAGCGCCCACUGAGGCCUUAGAUGCCGCACCCGGCACGGCGCAGGUCCAGUCGCCAGCCAAAGCCAGCCAGUCGCCGCCAAAUGUGCAGUCUCCGGCCAAGGCUCAGCCUCAGGCCAAGCCCGCCUCUCCAUCCCAGAACCCUGAGCCCGAAACUGCCGCUGACCCUGCUGAGCCUCAGGAUGACCAGCAAGCGUCCCAGCCAAAAACACACCCUCUGCUCAAUAAGUCCCAGUCACUGACCAAUGCCUUCAACGCCUUCAGCGACUCAACCUUCUUCCGCGGUGUGUCCGGCUCCGGAGGAGGUGACGGCCAAGAUGAGGCCAAGGCCGAGACCAUUCGCAACAUCCGGAAGUCCUUCGCCAGCCUUUUCUCUGACUAGACAACUUCUGCCAACCGCCCGCUCCCUACUCCCCUCUCCCACUCCUCAUUGGCCAACGGUGACUUGAUUGACAUUUCAAUGUGACGCAGUCUGAGACGUAUAUGUGUUUUCAAUUUUAAGUGUACUGUACUCCCUCUGUUCGUCCAUCCUGCGCGUCAACUUGUCUGUGUGAGUGAACAGUGACGCCCCCUGGCUCGGAUGUUAAGUGCAUGUUGCUGUGCCAGAAUAGAUGGAAUGAUGAGUUAUGUCACUGAUAUACCCUAGAGUAGCAUAGUACAGUAUAGUAUAUGACAGAAUAGAAUAUGUUUAUUUUCCCAAAGCACAUUAAAGAAACAGAACUAUAUGAAAGUAUACUUAUAAAUACAGACAGAAUGUACAUAGAGUAUGUAUGCAGUACACAUAUAUCAUUCAGAGAGACACAACUAUAAAGCCAGUAUCUUUUAUCGGUGACAUAACUCGUUCAUAGGUGGCUGGAUUUAUACGCGUUUUAACUAAUAAUUAUAUAUUUGAUGGUUUCCCUCGUGAUUUUCGCAGUAAAUCCAUUUUUGGGCCCCCCCAAGUGAAACUCGUGUGUAAUUUUAAAAAACUGAAGAAGAAAAAAAAUACGUCAAGUAUGUGCUCCUGUGUAAAUCCAGCCUUGGUGUCGCAUCUGCCGACUUCCUCUCGACGUGUAGAGUUAGCAUUUUUUUCUGUGUGUGUGUGCGUGUGUGUCCGCGUGUGUGCGUGUGUUUGUGUGCAUGUGUGUGUGUGUGGGUGUGUGUGUGUGUGUGUGUGUGUGUGUGUGUGUGUAUGGCUCCUCCGAGAGGCUCCGCCAUGACCUUUGGAGUUGCUCUCAGGAGCUCUAUCAGUGUUGACUUUUGUCUUCCGUUGCCUACUGUCUCCCUCUUUCUCUAGAUGUUGUAGCCUUAUCGUGUUUUCAAGUCACAGCUUUGUUCGUUAGCUGUGCAGACCUGAGUCGACUUGAAAUUCAUUCAUCGGUUAAUCACAUGAAUGGGCUAGACCGGGGCUUCCAAUUCACCUUUCGCCUUUAAGCCACACACUGCAACAUGCAGACGGGCCAAUCACAGAGUAGAACAGAAUUCAUAGAUACUUUUUCCAAAACAUUUUUACAUUUUCAAAUAUAUUUUUGCUCUUAACAGAGGUAUUUGGUAAGGUUUUGUUCUGUUUUCCGAACUCCCCAAGAAAACAGAUAAGUGCAGAAUCUGGUUAAAGCUAUGUGGCCCUUGACAUACUCAUCUGAAUUAUUCCUUCGUCUGCUUCAAGGCAUACAAUGUACUUGUAUAAUAUGUUAAACGGAACACUGUGGUUAACCAAAAUGCUACGUUAAUAACGUAAGGUUUAAUGACCAUCUGUGGCACUAAUGAGGCUAUCUUUUCAAAAAACGCAAAUUAAUCCAGAUUAAUCUAGUUAAAGGAAUGUGACCAUCCUCAUAGUCAUUUACGGCAUUCUAGGCGAAGGUGAAUCGGAACUGGAAGCGUCGGCCACAUCAAGUAUUAACUGAAUGCAUUUCAAAGAGGAAAAAGACGCAUGUCUGUUGCCGUGAUUGGUGAUUUCUUGUUUUCACCUCUUGUGUAGAGCUACCUACGGUAUUGUAAAUUGUUGAUUAUGCUUAUAAGAAGACAUUGAGACAGUAGUGCAAUAACACCUUGACAUGACUGUUGAAUGGUGUCACCCUAUUAUCAAUAUGAAUAUGAAUGUCCAUGCGGCACUUGUGUAUAUGUUUGACAUCUUCCUCUUUGACAUUCCUUUAAAUGGGGACCGACUCCAGUUUUGACAGUGAAAAUGACAAAGAAGAAGAGGGGGGGCUUUCACAUUCGCAUCCUUUGGUCCCAGUUAUUCUGGUUCCUUUUCCCCUAUUGGUGCGGUUCAUUCACACAGUCACGACCAAUCAACUGGUCCGGGACAACAUCUUGGUCUUCCAUUCCAAUGUCUCUGACUAAAGUUCUUAGUCUUUUUAGCGCUGGUCCGUAUUUUUGACUUUCACAUUUGAGCUGCUUAACCACACCAGAGUUUGUCAGAAUCAGAUUACUUUGCCAAGAAUGAAAUAUUUCUCACCACAAGUAAACGGUGGCGAGUUAGGUUGUGGUCACACUCAGGUUUGGAUAGGUUAAGACAUACUGGAAUAUGGUUCAAUUGUGUUAUCGCUAUCAUCUGAACCAUGGUGCCCACCAGAUAAACCGACCAAGACCACUUCUGGCUGUCUCCACAGGUUUGGUUUUGGUUAAGAUCAAAUCUGGUCCGAUUUCUCUUCCAGUGCAGUUUGUUUGCAUGAACACUAUCUUCGUAACUCUUGUGCUCACCGAACAAUCUGAUCAAAAUGGCUUCGGAGGUGGUCUUGUUCGAUAACCUUAUCUUGGUUUGGUUCGGUUAAAGUGAAUUCUGGUGCGAUAGCUCUGUUACUGCUAUUCAUUUGGUCAAGUGUGAACAUAUAUCAAUGGAACCACAUGAAAAGGUGGUCUUGGUCCCAUUGCAAGUGAACUCUACUACGGUUCGGUUCACUUCAUCUCAAGUGUAAACACGACAGUUCUCAGGAAUGAAUCAACGGUGGUUCGCCUGCUCUGCUAGUGUGGUGAACACCAUCCUUGGAAACGCUUGCAGAGGUGGUUACGGCCUUAUUGCAAAGGAACUCUAGUGCGGUUCAGGUCACUUUAUCUGAUGUGUGAACAAAUUAACUGGUCCGAUUGCUUCACUCUUGCAUUUUGUUUAGUCAAGUGUGAACGCUAUCAUUGUAAUUGCUUGAAGAGGUGGUCUUGAUCCCAUUGCAAGUCAACUCCGAUGUCAUUUGGGUCACUGAAUCUCAAGGUUGAAUACUAGUCACAUUUAGUUUGGUUAAGAUGAAUUCUGAUGCGACUGCUCUGUUGGCGCAAUUCAUUUGGUAAAGUGUGAAAAGCAUCAAUGGAACCGCUUGAAAAGGUAGUCUCGGUCCCAUUGCAAGUGAACUCUAGUGCAGUUCAGUUCACUUUGUGUCACGUGUGAACACUUAAGUUCUCAGGAACAAUUAAAUCUGGUGCGAUUGCUCUGCUGGUGUGGUUUGGUUGGUUAAGUGUGAACACACAUUAGAACCACUUGAAGAUCCAUCCGGUCUCAUUGCAAGUGAACUCUUGUGUGGUUCAAUUCACUUUAUCUCAGGUGUGAAAACCACACAGAAAAAGGAACCGACCAGCGUUAAAAUGCCAACGAAAGCAAAUGGAAAUCUCCAAGUGUUGGUUUUGAACCGUACCUCGUUUUAUCGCGGUAGAAAAUGAACUUGAGUCCAAUUAGAACCAACCAGACUAAAGGGUGCUAGCCCAUUAAGAGCGGACUUGAUUUUGAAUUAAAAGGCAGCCCGGAAAGUAUCCUCUUCUGUUUAGUGUGCACAGGCAUGUCAAUGUGUCAUUUACUGUAUAUCCCUUGUCAUAUUGCCAACAAGUAACCUUAUUGUAUGUAUGGAUGGAUGUACUAUAUGUACAGACGGGUGACACAAAAAGGAGAAAACUGCUUAAAAAGAGAGGAAAAACAGAGUCUUGUGUGUCCAGUAUUUAAUCAUGGAAAUAAUAAGACAUCUAAACCUAGCCGUAAUGUAAUUAUUUGUUAAUGGUUGCCUGUCAAUUUAUCGAGAUGAUUUCAUGUUGGUUUUAACUUCCACUUGUCACCCAUCUGUAUGUGCCAUCUCAGGAGUUUAUUUAUUUUGUAAUAAAUGGAUUUAUUUAUUUAUUUAUUUUGUUGGAGGCCCCAUAUUUUUGGCAAUCUAGAAACAAAUUUUGUUUUUUUGUAGUGACUGUUUAUAUUUGUAACGCAAAAUAGCGCUUUGCAUGACCUGGUGACUGAUGACGCUGUCAUUUAUGUACAGAUGAUUCACCUUAAUAAAGAUGUGGCUCCAUCGUC